GCGCCUUAUCAGACAAACACGAUGUAGUGAAAGAAAAUAUACUCCUCAUUCUACGGAUAACCCAAAUAGACUUUUGACCAGCAGAGAUCCUCCCGACACGAAACAUGACUAGCUUUUAAUAGAAACUUCGAGAAGACAUAUAAUUGGUUACGGUAUGUGCUAAAACUGCAACGUUCAAACUUGUUAUUCAAAAGCUGGGUUCUAAUUGCCGAGCGAGUGUCCCCCGUAGAACCAACCCAUCGAUCGGGAGUGGAGGCUGGUGAAGCCGGGCAGGCAGCGUGGUCUGUGAUACAGCGACUUCGUCUCCAUCAUGAUGCCUCGUGUCCGUGGCCGCCGCUGUCAGCAAACGAUGUGGUCGCUGUCCCUGUGAUUAACGUGAUUUCGCUCAUUGAUCAACAUGUGCCAGUGAAAUCUGAUGACAAUGACAUGGCACGUUUCCAUGGUGAUUGUGACAAAUCUCGGCACGUGGAGGCGAGUGGCACGAGAUGUACGUGGAAUAGUCGAGAUGAUCACAAGUAAGAUGGCGGGAAAAGUGCCCCACUGACAAGCCGCUGGUAGUACUGCUGCUGCCACAGCGAUGGCGUCGGCUGGCUCGGCGUCCGUGGAUCUUAACCUGGAACACUCGGAACUUGUGUUUUAUUCCGGGGAUCGGAUGAGAGGGGCUCUCGUAAUGCAGCUAGCGACACCGCUCACAAUUGCAGGUGUUGAACUUCGAUUCCGCGGAUCUGCACGUGCGAAAUGGCGCGAGCAUGUUCACGAAGGCCUCCGACGAACUGAGGUUGAACAUGAGAAGGAGGAGAUUUACUUUGAUGAUCGGUUCUGCCUCUGGGGAAAAGUUCCAGAUGAGGGUCACUGGGAGAAUCGGGAAGUACUCAAGAGAGGGCGCCACCUGUUUCCGUUCCAGUAUAAACUUCCUGAAGGAAUACCCUGUUCUUUCCAAGGCCCUGAUGCGUCGGUCAACUAUACAGUCCAGGGAAUCGCUGUCCGGCAGAGCGGCGAGAACCUUACCACACAAAAAACGUUUACCGUCCUCAGAGAUCUCGACUCCAAGCGUGAUUCUGAAAAACGAACCCCCUCACCCCGACAUCCCCUCGAGGACCACGCGGAGCGAUCAUUCAGUACCGUGUGUUGCCGCCCGGGCCGUGUAUCCUGCUCUCUCUCCGUCAUAAAACGGGCGUACGUCCCAGGGGAGGUAAUCCGGGCGGACGUGCAACUCCAGAAUCUUUCAAUGCGCAAGUCCGGCGUGUGUAAAGUCCAGUUAAAACAGUUGCUCAUAUACGGAGAUGUCCACAGUAAGUCUCUGGUGCUAGCUGAGGCCCGCUUGUUCGAUGGCAUUCGCCCUGGGCAACGUCGGCACUGGAAGGACUUCCCACUGCUCGUGCCCCCAACGUGCCCAUCAAGGCUCAGCAAAUGUCGCGUCAUCGACGUCAGAUAUUGCGUAGCGGUUGAAGCGCAUUUUUCCGAUUCCGUUUUAUAUGCUGCAGUCCCAGUUACCGUGGUUACCAUUCCAGAAAAAGGACUUAUUCCAAUAAAGUGGAUGUACAGGGAAUGUCCACUGACCGGCGGCGAGGAGCAGGGCGAGGAGGGGACGACGGAAUUACCCAAAGAUUACCGACCUAAGUAUAAAUACUAUGAAGAGAUCAGGGACGCGAGGAAGGACAGGUAUUACCUACUGAAACUGAGGCAGAGCCCGGGGAUACGGAGGCGCCAGUUAGUAGCUAAAGCCGAACUUAGUGCAGGUAUAAGACCCGACAAUGUUGACCUGAUCAGUGAGUCUCAUGCAUGAUCGUCGAAAUACAGACACGAGGAACUCGGAAUGUAGCUCUGAGCGUCAUCGGCAGAUUCCGCCGCGCCAGUUGAUAGAUCGCUGUGUUACGUCAAUCCAUGACGAAUGGUCGCGUCGUCUGGAGCGUGUGUUCAAGUUAAUAAAUGAACGUUUGGGCCUUGUUGACAGUUUGUGAAGGGUUAAAGUUCAGUGUGUCAGAUUCAUAUUUUGAAUUCGUUCAUAGACGUAAAGUGUUCGUGUUCUACAAGAAUCUUUUCAUUAGCGAGUAACAAGGAACAAAAGGAUGUCAAUACACCAGAAAAAACCCAAAUACAUCAAGGUUUUCGAUACUUGAGAUGUGUGGAUAGAUGUAUGAUUAGAAUUAUCAUAAACCCUAACAUAUCAGAAGGACGAGAACAGUUCGUGGAAAUGAUGAAGUCAACAGAAACCUCCACCGAUUCACCAUUACCGGAUAUCAAUCUUUUGCAAAUGAGAGCUGUGUUCCUGUAAUGUUAAGAUGGCGACCAUUUCCUGAGGUCGCCUGUAAGGGCAUUCCUGUUCUUUUCAUUCUCCCAAUGAGCUGUAAAGUGCACCGUGGUCUGCAGGCGUGCAGCUUGGUAGCAUUCCUUAGUUUGAGAUGUCAACACUUCUCUGAUGCCAUUUACAAAUCUGUAUUUAUUUCCACAUCAUUAGACAUACUAUAUUUGUCAGUAGAAUUCUGACUUUUAAGUUUGUUAGGCGUGAGACCUAUUUUGUGAAAUUGCAAAAAGAUGUAAAUUUGUCAUGUUGAGUAACCUAACAGGUCAAUUGUAUCAUUUGACGCACUUUGAAAAUUCAAAUUUGAAAAUGAACGAUAAUACAUGUGUGACAUUCGCUGUCAAUGUUUUAUACAUCCAAGACCAAUAAAUAUCUCCUGAACACGA